AAACUUUCGGUUUUCAGUGCUUUUCGGUUUUUGGAUUUUCGGAUAAAGGGUUGUCAACCUGUAUCUAUUAAUCAAUCAAACUAUCCCUCCAUCUAUUGUGUCCAUGUUGUAAGUUCAUCAGUAGCUCAUAAUGUUAGCCAUAUAGUUUCAUGAAUACAUAGACUUGAGAAAGGUUACUGUAUUACACAACCUAAUGUCAUACAGGAGUUGAAGACUUACAGCUGGCAAGUUAUUACUGUAUAUAUGAUAAUUUUAUCACUGGUAUUCCUGGGGCUUUUCUAUUGUUCACAUCCUGUUGGUCACUCAGUAGUUAGCUGUCUCUGCUCUGUGUCAUAACCCUGACUGCACUUCAUCUCUAGUGUGAUGUGUUUUUUUUAGUCAGUUUCAUCUAUGAUCAAUAUUAUAUUGACACAGAAAACAAAAGCAUAUUGGCGAUAGUAUUUUAUUAAAGAGAUAACUGGAUCUAUCUUUACUUUCCAAUCUUUUGACACAUAUUGUGGACAGCUUCCUAGAGUAUGUGUAUGAUAAUUAUACACUCCUGUUAGUUAAAGGAAAUAAUUUUGUCUUUUGAAGCACCUCACAGUGACGGGAAACAUAUAGACAAGUGAUAGUGUUUUGUGAUGCAUCAAAUGAGGAUAAUCAUAUGUGAUGUGGGGAAUACUAACUGAACUACAUCAAAACCUCACUCAUUGAAGGUAAAUUUACUGUCUGUUAUAAUCAGACAAGAAAUUUUAUGUAAAUCCCCAUAAAGUAAACAAGAAGCUGACAUAAGAUGAAGAGCCAGCAUAUUUAUACAGCAUCCUUCCUCACAUUCACUUUUUUCUUUUCACUAAUAACAACAUCAGAAAACACAUAUCCUGAAGUUUCUGACAAAGAAAUAGCAGUUAUCAGUGAACGUUCCAAUGGUUCCAUGAAAAGCAUCACCGAAGUGACGCCAAACAAUCAAGAUAGAAUUCUGUUCUGCGGUGUUCCAGAUGAAGAUGAUGAACAAAUUGGGAAGGUAAACGCUGGAAGGGUACGUCGCUACUCAUUGCACGGGAAUAAAUGGGACAAGAUGAACCUGACUUGGACUUUAAGAACCCCCAGCCGCCACAUAGACCGCAUCCCCUCAGAAGUCAUAAGGCGGGAAAUACAUGCCGCCAUGGAAGUGUGGGAGCGUGAGUCUGGCCUCACUUUAAUAGAGGUACCUGUUAGGUUACCUAAGGAUAAACCUCAAGUGGAUAUUUAUAUAGACUUUCUCGAGGGAGACCACAGUGACGGUUAUAUAUUCGACGGUCCAGGCCGCGUUCUAGCCCAUGCCUUUUACCCAGGACCCAGAAUAGGAGGGGACCUGCACUUUGAUGAUUCAGAAAACUUUGUUGCUCAUCACCUGAGAGAGAAGUAUAAGGGCAAGAGUCUGCUGAUUACUGCAGCACAUGAACUUGGUCACUCCCUGGGUCUCCGCCACUCUGACGUGGAAAAUGCUCUUAUGGCUCCCUACUAUCAGGAUUUCCCUGAAGACUUAAAGCUGCCUUUUGAUGACAAGUAUGGUAUUCAGACUCUCUAUGGCAGGCCACAGUCACAUUAUACUACAGCGACUUUAAGACCUCCAACAACUCCAUACAUAACUCCCUUUUUGCCUAGAACUACUCCAUACAAACCUCAAACUUUGCCACCAGUGACUCUACCCACCAACCCCCACUUCCCUCCAACCAAACCUACAACAACUCCAACUACCAAACCUACAACAACUCCAGCUACCAAACCUACAACAACUCCAACUACCAAACCUACAACAACUCCAACCAAACCCAUUAAGCCCUCUGAUGACGUACCUUGCCCUGCUGGGGACCCUCCACAGGAUGGCCCCCCUGACACCUGUGACACCGACUUUGAUGCUGUGAUAAAGUUCCAUGGUGAGUUUUACUUCUUCAAGGACGGCUAUUACUGGCGUAUCAGUAGGAAAGGUUACAUGUACAAAAAUGAGUCCCCAAACAGGAUAUGGAACAGGUUCCCUGGACUGCCUACUUCAAUGAGACGUGUUGACGCAGUGUACGUCUCCCGGGAGAACACGUUGAUAUUCUUCGGUGGUUCUUCAUACUAUGAAUUAGGGAGGAGCCUUCGCCUGAAGACUACUGGUAAACUGACAGAUCUUGGAGUGAAUGUGAGUUAUCUAGACACUGCCAUGGUGUGGGGUCACAAUGGCAGGAUCUACUUGUUCAGCGGGGACCACUACUGGCGCCUCGGCACAGAUGGUCGCGCAGAGCCGGAUUACCCAAGGGACGUGACCGUGUGGCGAGGUCUUCCACGCAACUACUCGGCUGCCUUCACCGUGCGCUCCUCGACCUACUUCCUCUCAGGCCAUGUUUUCUGGAGUUUUGACAGCUUGAAGAUGAGAAUAUCAGAACCUCCAUCAUUGAUUGCACCAUACUGGUUCAGUUGCCCCUACUACAAGCAAAAUAAACUCCGACAUUGUUUCCCCUCUUCUGCACCCAUGACUCAUCCCAACCAUCUUCUACACUUAUAUAUUUGGAUCGCUAUUCUCUGUCUUACAUCUCUCUGAUCUGCACAAAUGUAUCCAAUCUUUAACCCUUAAAUCCUGGGUGACCCUCCUGAACAUUUUUAAUUUUCGCGGCAUAUGUUGAAUGUCCAGACAGGAGACAAUACUUUGUAUGGGGUAUUUGUGUAAUUGGCCACUCAACUUGCGAGUAUUUAUCUCGUGGUCAGUUAUCCACCAGGUAUUGUGAGGGAUGCACACCCUUAGACCUCUCUUAUGACCCACCUCACUCCUCCAAGUGCAAGCAAAGGCAUUUGCUUUACAGUAAUGCUGUUCAUCAAGAGUUGCUUGAUUUGAGCGGCGCUGAUAAAGUAUCAGGUGAUGAAGACAAUGACGGGGAGGAAACAGAACCCAGAGAAUGUCAAUAUUGUUGAGGUGGUGAGGACAGUGUUAGGCCUACAGACAGGUGUCUCCCUCCCCCUAGUGACUUGGUGUAAGGAGUGUAGAGUUACCUUGUGGAUUCUGUGCUACAAAGACUUACAUCAAGAAAUUCUAAAUUCAGUAGAAGUACAUAUAAAUAGUGUAUGCAUUUGAAGAUAGUGAUAAGAUUUGUGCUGCCUGAAUAUUGCUACUGUUCAGUAUUUUAUAGUUAUUUUGAGGAAAAUAUAAAUAUUUUGUGUUUUGUAGCAACUACCUGUAUAAGAUAAAAAUAUGAUUUAAAAGAUCCUUCAAGUAAGACCUGUGUGUGUCAACAUCACUUCCUGCUGUGUGCAGCAGCUUCAAACAAGACAUCUUUCAUCACUCCACACUGAUCAUCAACACUCCACACAACUCUCUAGCUAUGCUAUAAUUAAAGAUAAAUGUAAGUAGAUUCUUCUGGUAUUUUUCUUGUGUUGAUUAACCAUUUUAUAAGGGGACAAUGGAUUUAAAAAAGUGUUUUUCUAUGGAAAUUUGCCAUUGUAGAGGAUUGAGCAGGUCUUACCACACCUGUAAUUAGUUUUACUAAUUAUGUC